AUGAAGCAAUCAACCUCGUACUUGAGUGGUACAUGGCUCAUGACUCACAGCACAAACCUCAUCUUCGGCGUCGUCGUGAGGGAGGGGAGCUCAGACUGGUUCGCACAGCUCCAGGCCGCCGCAAUGCCCCCUGUGGUUGGGUGGUGGAAGACGAUCGUGUGGGAUCGCUGCGUCGAUCCGCUUAAUCGAGGCUGGCUCGUCCUUGUGCUGCGGCAGCAGAUACAGUAG